GGCUUCUCUGCGGGGCGAGGGGCAGCGUCACCACCAGGGGUAUGGGCACCACCGGGGACAUUGACACCACCGGGGAUACGGUCAUCACAGGGGAUGUGGUCACUACCGGGGGCAUCGUCAUCACCUGUGCCACCAUCACCACCAGGGACAUGGUCACCACCGGGGUCGUGGUCACCACACGGGGCAUUGUCACCACCACCAGGGACACUGUCUGUGGACACUGUCAUCACCAGGGCUCAUGGUCACCACCACCAGGGACACUGACUCCACUGUGGGCAUUGUCACCACCGUGGUCAUGGUCACCUCUGGGGCCACCAUCGUCACCAGGGUCGUGGUCACCACCAGGGACACUGUCACCACCACCAGCGCCAUGGUUACCACCAGGGCCACCGUCACCACUGGGGACACUGACACCACUGUGGACAUUGUGAGCACCAGGGCCACGGUCACCUCUGGGGCCACCAUCACCACCGGGGUCGUGGUCCCCACCGCCACCACCACCACCACCACCGCCACCAUGGACAGCGUCACCACGUGGGACAUUGACACCAUCGGUGCCACCACUCCCACUGUGGACACGGUCACCAUCAGUGCCACCGUCACCACCUGAGACACUGCCACCAGCAGGGAGGGACACGGCCACCCCCAGGGCCACCAUCCCCACCAUGGCCACCACCACCACCCCCAGGGACGUGGACACCACCAUGGAGGGACACUGCCACCACCGGCGCCACCGCAUCACGGCACCAACCAGCGCUGGGAUGGGGGGGUCUCACCUUGCACGGUGACGAUGACUUCGUGCACGGCCACGGUGUUCUUCUUGACACGGCACUGAUAGGUGCCAGUGUCGGAGACCUGCAGGUCUGCCAGGCGGAUGGAGGCGUCGUGCUGCCCGGGGUCG